CAUGAUUACUUCUUUACCUAAAAUGUUUCACUCAUAGCCAGAGGCUAAGAACAUGUCUUGUAUAUAAAGAUGCCGGGAAUUUACGGAGAAUCUUGGUAUAAGAGUUUGAUUCGCAUAGCGCAGACGAUAUUUUUUUGCUGAAAAAUGAAAGUUUUGGCUGCAAUUCUGCUUCUUGGCCUUUUGGCCACGACAUUGGCCAUCAUUCCUGUGUCAGUCAACUUAGGUCGCUCAUAUCACGUUGGUCCUUCUUAUGGAUAUGGUCGCGGUUAUGGAGGUCAUGGAAGUUAUGGAAGUUAUGGAAGCCAUGGAAGUUAUGGAGGCCAUGGAAGUUAUGGAGGAUAUGGAUAUCCAUCGUCCUAUUAUGGUGGAUAUGGACAUGGAGCAUCUAGUUAUGGAUACGGACACAAAGGAGGCUACGGUCAUGGUGGCUAUGGAAGUCAUGGGUAUCCUUUCCUCUCAAUUGGUCUUGGAAAAUAAGAGAAAAAUAACAUAGGAUUAUUGAUCAAAGAAAGCUCGUUACUUUAGUUGCAUUUUCAAAAGGAGAUAAUAGGACAGAAGAAAUACCUAUCCAAUAUGUCAGUCUACUAUUAAGUUGGACAUAAAUUAUUACCUCUGCUGUCAGAUUUAAUUCUGAGAUUCACCUAUUUCAGACUUAUAAACUCACAUACUUCUUCAUAUCUUUUUAUAUAUGUUCCUAAUUUGUACAAUUCAUUUUAAUAUCUAUUUGCCAUUAAAAAAGUGUUUUUUUC